AUGUCAAUUAAACGGGCCCUCUCCAAGGCCAUCCGCGGGCACAUCAAUGACGAUGACGACUCCGGCUCUCACAUUCGCUCGUCCCUCAAUCCCAAGCCGCGCACCUCAACCUCCCGAGAUGGUCAUCAUCCCCAUUCCCCCACCGCCUCUCCUCGUCGCAGCAUUCUAGGCAGCUUUUUCCGCGAGAAGGACUAUGUCUCCUCCUCUGAGGACUUUUCCGACGAUUCGUCGUCCACCGGCGCCCUGAGCAAGAACCAGCAGAAACGAUUGAUCCGCCAGCAGCGCCGGAAUGAGCGUUCCCGCCUCAGUGAGGAGCAGUUCUCCGAGUCGGACCACCGACGCAAAGAGGAGGAGAUUGCCAAGGCGGCGGCUGAAGAGACGCCAGAGAUGAAGGCUCGAUACGGCGAGCUGCCGCUGAUGCAGUCGCAGAACCGACUGCGUGAGGAGCGGGUCGCUCUCGACGAUAUUACUGCCGCCAUGGAGGGGCAGGAGAUUUAUUUCACGGCGCGCCUGCACGUUGUCCGCCGCAUGAGUGCGAAGCUGGUCUUCCUCGUGUUCCGCCAGCAGCUGUGCACCUUCCAGGGUGUGCUGCAUGAGCGCGCCGGCAUGACUUCCAUUGCCAUGGUCCAAUGGGCAGAACACCUGCGUGUGGGCUCCUUCAUCCGCGUCCGCGGCAAGAUCCAGAAGCCCGAGGUGCCCGUCCUGGGCUGCAGUAUCCACGAUGUCGAGCUGGCCAUCGACUCCGUGCAUCUCCUCGUCAAGCGCGAGGAGCCCGUGCCGUUCAGCGUGUACGAGGCGGAGAUCCGUACCACCGAGGAGGAAAAGGUCGAGGGCCGCCGCAGUCAUAUCCCCGACCGCACCCGUCUCACCAACCGCUUGCUGGACCUACGCACCGCGACCUCCCAGUCCAUCUUCCGGCUGCAGUCGGCAACGUGCAAUCUCUUCCGUAGCGCCCUAGACGAGCGAGGGUUCAUCGAAAUCCACACUCCCAAGCUGCAGGGUGCUGCCACCGAGUCGGGCGCCAGUGUCUUCCAGGUCAAUUACUUUGGCCGCCCGGCUUUCCUGGCCCAGUCCCCGCAGCUGGCCAAGCAGAUGGCUAUUGCGGCCGACUUUGGUCGUGUGUAUGAGAUUGGUGCGGUGUUCCGUGCCGAAAACUCCAACACUCAUCGUCACUUGACUGAGUACACUGGGCUGGAUAUCGAGAUGGCCAUCGAGGAACACUACCACGAAAUGCUCGAGACCCUGGAUGCCACGAUCAAGAAUAUCCUUAGCGGCGUCUAUGGCAAGUACCGCCGGGAGAUCAACAUGGUCAAGAACCAGUUUCCAUGCGAGGACGUCGUGUGGUUGGAGGAGACGCCUAUCAUUCGCUUCUCUGAUGGCAUUCAGAUGCUGAACGACUCAGGGUGGCGGGAUGAGGACGGCAAGCCUCUGCCCUUGGAUGAGGACUUGGCCACUCGUGAUGAGAUUCGCCUGGGCGAGCUGGUCAAGGAGAAGUAUGGCACCGACUACUACGUCCUCGACAAGUUUCCUCGUGGGGCCCGCCCCUUCUACACAAUGCCAGAUCCCGAAGAUGACAAAUUUACCAACUCGUUCGACAUGUUCAUCCGCGGCCAGGAGAUUGUAUCCGGUGGCCAACGUAUCCAUGACCCGCACAUGCUCGAGGAAAAUAUGCGCAAGUCGGGCGUCAACCCCGACGACAUGGAGGAGUACCUGGAGGCUUUCCGCUGGGGUGCUCCGCCCCAUGCCGGUGCCGGUGUUGGGCUGGAGCGUCUGCUGAUGCUUCUGCUCCAGGUGGGCAACAUUCGUCUCACCUCGCUCUUCUACCGUGACCCGAAGAGCUUGCCUGCCAGGCCUCCUGUCCAACAGCUGCGCCACCCCGAGGCUUCCACCGUCGAUCCACCUUGGCAUCGGGACCACGCUCGCGUGGCUACAGAUCUCAGUGAGCUGCAGCCGCUGGAGAAGCUAAUUGCCAACUAUGGUGACGCCACGUCCACCUCCUGGUUUGAUGAACGGUUCAAAGUCUGGCGCGAUAUGACCACCGGUGCAGCCGUGGCCUAUGUGCCCAGCACCAGCAACUAUGCCAUCAUUCCGGGUAACCCCGUGUGUGAUCCCUCUCAGUACACCCGUACCAUCACCCAGUUCUUGCAGUGGCUGCGGCGGGAUACCAAAUACAAGCCAGUCUGGAUCCUCUGCUCUCCCGAGGUUGAGACUAUCCUCGGUGAACGCCUUGGAUGGCGUAGCUUGUCCUGCAUUGCCGAAGAGCGUGUUGAGCCGUCUCGCAACCAGGCUGCGUCGGACGGCGAGAUUGCCCGCAAACUGCGCCGUGCUGAGACGGAAGGUAUUAAGGUCAUCUCGCUCAACCAGGGUGAGCUGCCCUCCGAGGAGAUCCGCAAGAAGAUCGACGAGCGCAUUGCCGAAUGGCUCGGCAACCGCAAGGGCACCCAAGUGCACCUAUCCGAGAUCCGCCCGUGGUGCGACUCCGAGCACCGCUGGUACUUCUACGCGCUCGACAAGAACGGCGUCAUCUGUGCCUUCGUCGCGCUCGCCAUGCUGUCGCCUGCGCAUGGCAUGCAAGUCAAGUACAGCUUGGACUUCCCGAACUCGCCCAGCGGUGUCAUCGAGUACAUCGUUACGCAGGCCAUCCAGACCGCCUCCAAGGGUGGCGUCAAGGGUCUGACCUUCGGUGCUGGUGCCACUAGCCAGCUUACCCCCGGCCAUAACCUGCACGGCGCCAAGAUCAAGAUGCUGGAGCGCACCUACGAGGCGCUGGCUAAGCAGUUCCAUCUUGUGCGCAAGAGCGAGUUCCGUGCCAAGCUGGGUGCUACCGAGGAGCCGCUUUACAUCGCCUACCCAGCCCACGGCCUCGGGUCGAAGGGUAUCCGCGCUGUACUCAAUUUCUUCGAGGAUUAA